AUGCCUCUGCCGCGUCCCCGCCUCCUGGCGCGCCGGCUGCCUUGCUCUUCUCCCCGGGCGGAGGCGGGCCCGGAAGGGGGCGGCUCGGCUCGGCCCCGGAGAGGAGCCAGCGGGGCGGCCGCGGCGCUUCCCCUCCGCCUGCCUGCCUGCCUGCCGGCCAUGGCUCUCCUGGCCCCGCGGCUCCUCCUGCGCCUCGCCUCGGCCGCGGCCCCCGGCAGGGCCGGCCUGUGCAGCCUGGGCUGCUGCGCCUCCUACCGCCUCCGCGACGGCCUGCACCCUCUGUGGCAGAGCCCAAUUACAAUUCCUGGAGGGAGUCGACAGUCUCCGAUCAACAUCCAGUGGAGAGACAGCGUCUAUGACCCUCACCUGAAACCCCUGGAAAUACGCUACGACCCAGCCAGCUGCCUUCAUAUGUGGAACAACGGCUACUGCUUCCUGGUCGAAUUUGAGGACUCCACAGAAAAAUCAUUUAUUACAGGAGGCCCCUUGGAAAACCUUUACCGGCUGAAGCAGUUCCACUUUCACUGGGGGGCCAUAAAUGAAUGGGGCUCUGAACACACAGUGGACUGUAAAGUUUUCCCAGCAGAGCUGCAUUUAGUACACUGGAAUUCUUGCAAGUUUUCGAGUUUUGAAGAAGCUGUAAUGGAGGAUAAUGGUUUGGCCGUCAUUGGAGUCUUUUUGGAGAUCGGGGCCAAUCACAGCGGGUUGCAGAAACUAGUCGAGGCCUUACCAUCAAUUAAACACAAGGAUACGCUUGUUGAAUUUGAUGUAUUUGAUCCGUCCUGCUUGUUACCAACGUGCCCAGAUUAUUGGACCUACUCUGGGUCUUUGACCACUCCGCCGCUAACCGAGUCUGUCACCUGGAUCAUCAAGAAGAAGCCAAUAGAGGUCGAUGAAGACCAGCUCGAGAUGUUUCGGAUGUUACUCUUUACCGCUCUCGGAGAGGAAGAGCACCGGAUGGUGGACAACUUCCGUCCGCUUCAGCCGCUGAUGGAUCGGACUGUCCGUUCUUCUUUCUCGAGCCAGUAUCGGCUGAACAUCGAAAAUGGAUCUGAGGAGCAUUUUCAACCUGCCAGCCGGCAAAGGUCCCUCAAGGGGACCAUGCAUCUUUAA